CUAUUGCCUUUUGGGCUUCGCAAACAGAAGCGAAUAAGAACUGCCUUUUCUCCCGCACAGCUCAUGCACUUGGAGCAAGCAUUCGAAAGCAACAAGUACGUUGUAGGCCAAGAGAGGAAGACUCUGGCCAAGAAACUUCACCUUACAGAAACGCAGAUAAAAGUAUGGUUUCAAAACCGAAGAACGAAAACAAGAAGAUCUUCUGACGGACAUGCUUCAGAACCUGACUCACACGCGGUUGACACUCCGGUUGGUUGCUUGUUUUUGUCAAUGAAGCGAAUCAUAUAA